AUGGCGGCCGACCUCACCGAUCCCGGCCUCGAUAGCGCCAUCCGACAACUUCUCGAUCAGCAGGCCGAGAUUCAGGCGAGGCUUGCUGCCUUGCUGCCCGCAAAGUAUGGUCUCAAUGUCAAGUUGGAGCUUGAUAUGCUCCGCCACAAGUUGCGGGUUCUGCAAGCCUACUCUGAACAUCACCAUAUUUCUGCUGGUAUACCAGUCAAUUCUGAGUUCGAGGAGGCUAGGUCUUUGCAGUACCGAUGCGAAUGUAUAGAGACUGCUUGCCUAGAGCAAGGGCACGAUCUGCUGGACCCAAACAUGGUUGAUGCCCUCAAACGAUCUCUGUAUGACGAAGCGCCGACUGGCUAUGCGGCUUGGUUAGACCGUAAUCUUGAGGGCCACGACCCGGUAGUCCGUGGAUGGAAGAUGAGGGAAAGCCUGUCACCGUCGUCUCGGUCCACGUCCUCUUUCAAGUGCUGGGACGAACGCUGCAUACAUUACAUCUACGGCUUCCACAACAAGGACGAGCGAGACAAUCACGCCCGAGAGCAUACCUUACACCCUCAUCGCGACUCGGGCAUGUCAGUCGGCAACACACCGCCGAUCUCUUUUCCCGAAUACCAGACUUUGCGACCAUGGGGUCCCGAUACAGGAAAGCAGCCGCUGGCCCUUCAACUCCCAAAGCCAUCGCCCGGCACCCAGCUAGCCCCUUUGACAACAAGCCAGCCGAAAGAACGCCGCGAUACUCUUCAAUCCUACUCGCUAAUCAGCGAGUAUUCCGCUCCAGGACGCGGCUCUGUUGAUUCCGAAGUCGACCCGUUGCUGCCCCCUCUGAAGCGUAGCAGGGUUGGCCAGUCUCGCCUCCAGUCGAUUGGCGAGCUCAGGUUGCUUCAAGACUCUGGACCAUCUUUCUGGUGUAGGUUCAUUGACACAUGA